CAUUCGCGGGAUUUUUCAGGACAUUAAGAAAAACACCCGAACAUUCGAAAAUUAAACGUGUUUUUCAAAGUAUCUGAAUACAUUGCUCUCUCCGGAAAAUACGAAUAACCUUUCUGCAUACCGAUCUGUCCGACAGACUUUAACUUUCUGUUCUGACCGGAGUCGUCAUUUUAGUGCAAUCCAAUGGACAACUAAUCUUGUGAACAAAAGACUGAAAACUCCCUGUUGCCAUCAUAACAUUUUUCAGCAACGCAACUACCUACAAAGUACACCUGGGAGCUGCAUUAUAAAGCAGCGAAUGAGAGUUAAUGGACCAAAUGGAUAAAUUAGAUUUCAGAACCGAUGCAGAACUGUUAAGGUUUUUCCGCUGUAAGAAAACGGAGAUGUCAUGUAUGGAGCAUCCUCACACCUUCCUGAACCAGCUGCGCGAUCACGACCUGGCGCCAGAAGAACUGUACAAGAAGGUGAAGCGUACUCGGACUAAAGAGCAGAAAGAGAGCGCCGUGUAUGAGGUUCUGGACUGGAUUGAGCAGAAGCAGUCCCAGAAAAUUAAGGAGUUCUGGAAGUGUGUGUUUCGGGACCAUAUUCUUCAGCACUAUCCAGCUCUGCGGAUUCUCCGGGACACACUGCUGGAUGAGUCAUUAAGGUUUUACCAACAUCUGCCGUGCACAGAGGGACAGACGAAAGGAGAGGUUAACCAGAGGGAUUCCCAAAAGAGGGGAGCAGCGGAGAGAGAGAAUGAGAGGAGAGGGAAGAGGAGGAAGACAGAGAGGCGAGUCAGUGAAGAUGAAGAAGAGGAUGAAGAGUCUUCCUCCCAGAAAACACCCACCCAGAGGAAACACAGCAGCAAACCCACGUUCUCAUCUCCAGUGAAAGGGCAGGUUCUGGAAAUCUGGACAUAUCCGCUGUAUAAACAUCAGCUGCCUGUGCAGUGUGGGGAUAAGGAUGGCACACUAUACCGCAGGAAACUGGCCAAUGGGGGGGUGUGUAUUUUGUCAAAGCGUCGCUGGUUUACGCCUGCACAGUUUGAAGACUUCGGUGGUAAAGGGAGGAACAAGAACUGGAAACUUAGCAUCCGCUGUCACAACACUCCUCUCCAGAAACUCAUACAGGAGGGGCAUCUGAUGAUUGCACCGAAGAGAAGGAGAAAACCUCUCCAGGAAAGAAAGAGCAAGCGAAUCCUAUUCCAGUCCAGUUCAUCAGACUCCACCUCUUCCUGUAUCUCACUAGAGAGCAGCGAAGAAAGCGAGGAGGUGAACAGUGAAGAGGAGGAGAGUGAGGAGAGAGAGCAGGCAGAGGAGAGAAGUUUGGUUGGUGAUGUUGAUGUGUCUGAGUUUCAGUCUCUCACUCUCUCCAUCACCUGUGGAUCUGCUACAGCUACUCUACAUAAACAACGCUUUGCUUCAGGGGCUUAUGGGAAAUGUAUCCGUACAGAGGAACGCUGGUGGACUCCGAUGGAGUUUGUGGAACAGAAUUCCACCCUGGACAACUCUCACUGGAAGAGAGACAUCUACUGCUGUGGGAAACCUCUUAGCUUCCUCCUGCAGAUGAAGAUCCUGCAAGCUCAUUCAGUUCUGUGUGACUGCAAACUGUGCUCCAGACUUGAGGAAGAUGUGCAGGAACAGAAUAAUGACGAUGAGUGUUUUAUCUGUGACGGGGUUGGAGACCUGAUCUGCUGUGAUGAGUGUCCGAGAUCUUUCCAUCACAAGUGUCACCUGCCCACUGUGGACCCAGACUUACUGGGGGAACAGUGGAUAUGUACAUUCUGUUUGUUGAGAAAGUGGCAGAGCUGGCGUUACUCCAGUCACAUGACGCUAGAGGAAGUUUUGAACAGCCCGGUGUCCCAGUAUAAACUGCAGUGCCAGUACCUUCUGCUGUGUUUGUAUAAGGAGGAUGUGAAGCGUGUGUUUGGGCCAAAUCCCUGCACCACUGUUCCUGGCUACAGUAAUGUCAUUAAUAAAGUGAUGUAUUUGGAGAAAGUAACAGAGAAACUGCAGGAGGGUCAGUAUGAAACACUGGACCAACUCAACUCUGACAUACAGCUCAUCUUUCAGAACUGUGCCACUUUUAACAAGGAUAAUGAGUUUGGGAGAAUGGGUGCUAGACUGAAGGAUAUGUAUGAGAAGGAGUUCCAAAGCAUCUUCAACAUCCAAUAGCAUUUAUUCUUGAACAGGAGGUUGAUUUUGAUUGGAUAAGACAUCAGGAGAUCGUGGCAGGAGACACAUGAUAAUCAGCUCUUGGUGGCUAAUGGACAGAAGUGGGAAAGUCCAUAUUUGUGUGAGAGUUUACCAAUCCCACUAUAGAAGUCGAGAUUUAGACUUCCGUGGUGUUAGAGCGUUAAUUUGAGAGUACUUUUUAUUGGCAUGGCACUUUUUAAUGACACAGAAUCUUUACAUUAUCCUGCACAUACUGGAACAAAACACAGACUUUGUCACAAACACAAGCCCUCCAAACACAG